CUAUUAUUUUGCGCCUGCGCACUUGACUGAUGGUCUACGCGACGUACAAUAAAAUCAUAUUGCAGAAAAUUUGAAGUUUGUUGUUUUGGUGACAACAUAUCCAUAUUUAUUUAUGAAAAAUUCACACUGAAUGCAAUUCCAGGUGCGAAACAGAAUCAUUCUGUGAUUAUCGCCCUGGAUGCGUUCAGUCAUUGAGAGUUCGAGCGGUGUACGGUAGCCAUCUUGGAUUCGAACAAAGCUUCAGAUGUGUAGAUUGUCUGUUUAUCAAUAAUUUUAGUGCAUUUCCCUGUUAAUAGUUUGUAUGUUUAGGAUAUGUACGGAACGUUCGUCCACAUGUGUAAAUAGCUAUGGCUGCGACAAGGAAACUGCAAGGUGAAAUAGAUAGGUGUUUAAAAAAGGUCACGGAAGGUGUGGAGACGUUUGAAGACAUCUGGCAGAAGGUGCACAAUGCGACGAACAGUAAUCAGAAGGAAAAAUAUGAGGCAGAUCUCAAGAAGGAAAUUAAAAAACUCCAGAGGCUACGGGAUCAGAUCAAAUCGUGGAUCGCCUCUGGAGAAAUUAAGGAUAAGAGUACACUUUUAGAAUAUAGGAAACUAAUAGAAACACAAAUGGAAAGGUUCAAAGUUGUUGAGAGAGAAACAAAGACAAAGGCAUAUUCAAAGGAAGGAUUAGGGGCUGCUCAAAAACUUGACCCGGCGCAAAAGGAAAGAGAGGAGAUGUCCUCGUGGCUCAUAUCCUCUAUAGACGCACUUAAUUUACAAAUUGAUCUCUUCGAAUCGGAAGUGGAGUCACUAUUAGUGGGUAAGAAGAAACGACUGGACAAAGAGAAACAGGACCGCAUGGAGGAAUUAAAAUUGAAACUCGAGAGGCAUAGGUAUCACAUAAAGAAACUCGAAACGCUGCUAAGGAUGCUUGACAACAUGUCCGUUGAAGUGGAACAGAAAUCUAUAACGUUCCAGAUAAAGAACAUCAGAGAGGACGUCGAGUACUACAUAAUGUCGUCCCUCGAGCCCGGCUACGAGGAGAACGAGUACAUAUACGAGGACAUCAACGGCCUGGACGAGAUCGAGCUGAGUGGAGUCGGUGUACCAUCAUCGGCCACAACGGACAGUAACAAUAGCAACGACUCACCCGGAUCACCAACGAGCAUGCUCUCAGGGACGAGUCCGCCCACGUCGCCGGCGCUGGACCUCCACAAUCACACGUCAGACUCUGUCGACAUCACGGACAAGAAAAAAAAGGACGACGUAAGUAAACCGGUCAAGCCGCUACCGCUCCGUGCGGUGUCGUGCGGCGCGGCCGCUAGUCCGGCUAACCUUACCGCGCUCAAUCACUCCGCCACAAACAAUAGUAUAAACAACAGCACGGGCGCGUCGGGCACGUCGACGCCGAUCAAACCGCCCGCGCCCAGCUCCCCCCACCAGCGGCCUAAUAAUACUGAAGUGUUGGAAAAUGGUCCAGUGUCGAAUACGCCAGUGCACACGGCGACACACCUGCCGCCGCCCACGCUACCCGCCCCUACGUCAAAAAGUUCGUCCGCGACGACGUUAUCGAGCGCGAUCGCGAACCCCAACCCCAACCAGAACGCGAGCACGAACCCGAGCGUGAACGCGAGCGUGAACGCGAACGCGAACGCGAGCGCGAACACGAGCCUGAACACGAGCGUGAGCGUGAGCCUGAACGCGAGCGCGCGGAGCGUGACGCCGUCACCGCCGUCGCCGCUCGCGGUCAACGGGCCCGUGCACAAUGCGCACCACACGCCGCAGCACAUGUUGAACUUGAACAACGGCAGAGUGAGCGAGCCGCCGAGCACGCCGGCGCCGAGCGCGGCGGGCGGCGCGGGCGCGGGCGCGGCGGGAGCGGGCGCGGGGGGCGCGGCGGGCGCGGGCGCGGGGGCGGGGGCGGGCGGCCCCGAGCGGCCCACCACCGCGUCGCUCAAGAGCAUGGCGCAGGAAGCCGUGCACCGCGCGGGGCUCGACGCGCACCACACGCAGAACACAAGACGAGGAGUCCCCCUCUCUCAGGCGCACAUCCCACCGUUAUUAGGAGUCGCGCCGCUGGGGCCCUUGCCGCUUAACUCGGUACGUGAACACCAAGUGCAGUUCCAGAUGAUGGAGGCGGCGUUCUACCACAUGCCGCAUCCGUCGGACUCGGAGCGAACGCGGGUAUACCUGCCCAGGAAUAUUUGUCAGACACCCGCAUAUUACAAUCAGGUGCUGUUACCCCAUUCGGACACCGUGGAGUUCUUCCAGCGGCUGUCCACGGAGACGUUGUUCUUCGUGUUCUACUACAUGGAGGGCACGAAGGCGCAGUACCUCGCCGCGAAGGCGCUCAAGAAGCAGAGCUGGAGGUUCCACACCAAGUACAUGAUGUGGUUCCAGAGGCACGAGGAGCCCAAGGUCAUCAAUGAGGAGUAUGAGCAGGGCACGUACAUAUACUUCGACUACGAGAAGUGGGGCCAGCGCAAGAAGGAGGGCUUCACGUUCGAGUACAAGUACUUAGAAGACCGCGACCUGAACUGAACCCAGCGCCGCCCCUCCGCCCGCGGCUGUGACUCAGUGAACGAACAAAGUGUUUAGUGUAGUGACAGUGUAUUCGAGCAAUAUCAAAUGAAGCCAAUAUCGACCAAGGUUGCCUUGUACCGAUCCUCGUGUCAUUCCAUUGUAAGUAUUAACCGUUCCCGCUUGUUUCUGUGAUGCAACCGAGGCGUUCGAAUUUUUAUUUGUAUGUAGAAAGAAAGUACGCAGAUUAAUUUAUUCCGUUGGAUGUGUUACGAUUUGUGUGGCGCCUCGUUGUCGUUCGUGUCUUUUGUAAAAUAAUAUUUUUUUCGCUCUUCUGGCAGUUUGUUAUAUUGUACAGUAGAGUAACGAAUUUGUAAGCGAUCGAAAUUGUGAAUCAUUAUGAUGAGACUCAAUAAGUAUAAUAAAACAUGUGAUAUCGGUUUAGGGCCCUCAGCGCACUUGGAAAUUAUGGUUUUUUCAAUUCAAUCGGACGUAGAUAUAUGUCGGGAUGUAUAUUAUAUUAAUCAUGCUUUACUGAAUCUCAUUUACUUGUAAAACAUUUAUCAGUCACAUAAUUUACAUUGUUAUUGUUUACAAAAAAUUCUCAUAGUGUAAACAAUCAAUAAAGUAAGCGAGCCUCUAUUGAGAUGUUGAAUGAACGAAUACCUCUGCUAAAGCAAUAC